AUGAUUUGUAAUAUCUCAAGAAUAGUUGAAAUUACUUCAACAAAUAUGAGAACUGAAGUACUGUCUACAGAACUGAUAUUCAUUCAGAGUGUAGCAGUAGGGGUACCACAGGGCAGUGUGCUUGUCGACGAGAAAGCGUUACUAGCUAGCUGCAGAGUCACAUUCCGAGUCGCUAAAGCAGGGAAGCCGCAUACAGAUGCAGAAAAUCUUAUUUUGCCAGCAGCCCUGGAUAGGAUUGCAAUUAUGUUAGAUAAGCAAGAUGCAAACAAGCUAAAGAGCAUAUCACUGUCUGAUAAUACCAUUGAACGCAGAAUAAAUGAUAUGACUGGUGAUAUUCGAGAACAGUUAGCCGAAAAUUUGAAGAAGAACCCACAUUUCGCUUUGCAGUUUGAUGAAUCUACUGAUGUUUUAGAGUGUGCUCAAUUUAUAGCAUUUGUGCGCUUUGAAGCAGAUGAAACUAUCAUGGAAGACUUUGUAUUUUACUAA